AUGGCGACCCUCGUGCCGCCACCGCCGAAGCGGCAACGCCGCGAGCAUAUAGAGCGCACCAAAGUGCAGCAGGACAUUACGGCGAACCUGCCGCCCGACAAUGGCUCGUUCAAGGCCCGUUUUGUCGAUGCAGACGGCAAGCAGAUGGCGGACGUGAUCGAGGUCAACAUGGCGGACGCGACGGAGAAGAACGUGUCUCUGCUGCUGAACACGCUUCUGGGCCGCGACAGUGAUGAGUUUCAGCCGUACCGGUUCCGCAUCCACAUUCCGGGCAGCGAGCCGCCAGUGAUAGUGGACCAGUACCCGGCCGAUCUGUACGGGCUGCUGCGGGCGCACGGGAUCGAGAACCCGUUUGAGACGACUGUGACGCUGGCGGCCGAGCCGCAGGCGGUUUUCCGCGUGCAGAGCGUGACGCGGCUGGCGCACCGGAUCCCGGGACACGGGCAGCCGAUCCUGUGCGUAUCCUUCAGCCCGGCAGGCCGGGGCCGCUGGCUGGCCACCGGCUCGGGCGACAGCACGGCGCGUAUAUGGGACACGGACACGGGCACGCCGCGGCACACGCUGAAGCAGCACCGCGGCUGGGUGUUGGCCGUGGCUUGGUCGCCCGACGGCAGUCGGCUAGCCACGUGCAGCAUGGACGGUACGGUGAUCGUGUGGGACCCCGAGACGGGCAAGCCGGCCGGCAAGGAGCUGACAGGUCAUUCGAAGCCCGUCUUGGCUGUGGCUUGGGAGCCGCUGCACCUGGUCAACAGCACCGGCGACCGCAGCAGCGACUACGAUGCCAACGGCCCCGGGCCCCAGCUGGCCAGCGCCAGCAAAGACGGCACCGUGCGCGUGUGGGCGGCCAACACCGGCCGAUGCCAGUACGUGCUGUCGGGACAUCGCGGCAGCGUCAGCUGCGUCAAAUGGGGUGGCACCGGCCUCCUCUACAGCGCGUCCCACGACAAGACGGUGCGGGUGUGGAAUGCCCGCCUCGGCACCCUCGUGCACGAGCUCAAGGCACAUGCCCACUGGGUCAACCAUCUGGCCCUCUCGACUGACUUCGUCCUGCGCACCGGCUACUUUGACCACACGGGCGUCGUGCCGCCCACCGACGAGGCCAAGCGCGCAAAGGCUCGUGAGCGCUUCGAGAAGGCCGCCACCAUCAACGGCGCCCUGCGCGAGCGCCUCGCUUCUGCCUCGGACGACUUCACCAUGUACCUCUGGGACCCCAUGCACCAGGCCACCAAACCCGUUACCCGCAUGGUCGGCCACCAAAAGGCCAUCAACCACGUCACCUUCUCGCCCGAUGGACUUUUUGUCGCAAGCUCUGGCUGGGACAAUCACACCAAGAUAUGGCGCGCAAAGGACGGCUCUUUUGUGAGCACAUUACGAGGCCACGUUGCGCCGGUUUACCAGUGCUCCUGGUCUGCCGACUCGCGGCUGUUGGUCACAGCAUCCAAAGAUGCCACGGUAAAAGUGUGGAAUGUGCGGGCAGCGAAGCUGGCAGCGGAUCUGCCGCACCACGAGGACGAGGUCUACGCAGUGGAGUGGAGUCCGGAUGGCCAGCGUGUUGCCAGCGGCGGCAAGGAUAAGGCCGUUCGGCUUUGGAGAAACUGA